UGUGGCCGGUCAUAUGAUACUGCAAGCUUAGCUCUCCUCUCUCUCACUCUUUCCCUGGUCUCUCUUGCUAAUGGCAGUCCAUUUGGAGAGGAGAGGGAUACUGAGGGCUAGUGUGAACAUUGUUAGAGUCCUUAUAGGAGUCUCUCUCGUCCUACUCUCAGGAGUUCUCUCUGAAAGUGGUGGAAUCCUCAAUCGCUGUAGAGGUGGUUUUGCCAACCUCUCUUCCAUCAGCUACUGGCCAAGACACGAUAUAUCUAGGGAGCUCUUCUCCCUCCUCACUGGCCUACUAGUGUUUGUAGUAGGUGGCCUACACUUAAGAGCUGGUCUUUUAGUAUGGCUACUCACGCAAUGGAGUCUAUUUGUUGGGUGGGGUUCAUAUAUGAACGUUGGUAGCUCUGAGACCGACACAAACAGUCGUUCAGGUAUAUUUGACUGGUUGCUUGGAAGACAGGAGGAACAUUGGGAUUAUACUCAACGUGUCCUGAGAGAAUAUUCCGGAAUGUCUCUCAGAGGACUCAUAUGGACCGCACCUCAAGGCUACGCCCUACAACAGCUAGGCUUUGGCUGGCAGUACAGCCUCUCUGGUAGUCUAAUGGGCCCAGUGUAUUUUGUAGGCUCUAGAACUGGUAUUGGAGACAACGAUGGUAACUCAACGCGUCACGGGGAAAAUGAUUUCUUUGAUUCUACGACUGCCUACUCCGAGUACGUGUGGGGCACACUAGUCUGGUUCUUUCUUAUUGUAUCGUGUCUGACUCAGCUAGUUCACUCCGUGAGGGUUUGGGUCUACAACAGGAGCAAUCCACUCACCCCCAAUAAUCCAGUGAAUCCUCAGAGUCGGUAUAACGCUCGUUUGUACGCGUCUCUCAAUGUCUUCCCAUGUGAGGUGAUCUAUAAUAUAAUAUUCGCUGUACUUUGGGCUCUGUUCGCUUCGUCCAUUAUUUUUUAUUCUCUUAUAAACCAGUCUGAUAUCCGUAACAAGGCACAGACGUUUUUCGGUCUGACUGUAUCGACACUCUCUCUUACCUUUUUUAUCGGUUGGAGGUGGGGUUCCUGCUACCAUGGACUAAAGCAAAGGAGAGAAGCCACUAGUGAUGCUAGCAAUCUAGUCCAAGUCACUCCAGUAACGAGAAGACAGCAGCAACACUUAUACAGGGCAGCGAACGACCUUGAAAGAGGAGGGGGAGGAGGAGAGCAAGAGACAGAUCCUCUUUUACCCUGGCCGUACUCCCAUCCUGAUAAAGCAUACGCUAACCGUCGCUCCCCUGUCCCCUGUGAUUCUCUUCCUCUUUCGUCCACUAACAGUGCAUACAGUCCAGUGUUAUUCUCCUCCAGGACUGCCGUCAAUAAUAGACAGAGGGUAAGACGAAGGAGUGGCCGUUACUCGAGAUUCUCGCUAUCUUGUAUCAUGGCUUGGGCCUUCCUUGAAAAGUGGGUGUGGCUAGAUUUCUUUGCCAUUUCCCGUCACCUGAUUGGUUUCGUGUCGCUAGCGGCAACAGCUGUUACUUUGGUUACGACUUCAAUUGCGUUUGUAUGGGAUAUUGAAUCGCCCAGAUUCAGAACUAACAUUAGUUGUUAUGAUUGAUGUGCAUAAAUGAACAUGAGCAGCAAAACGAAAUACCAGUAUAUAUACAUGCAUAUGUAUCUAUUAUGUCAUAAAGUUAUUAUUAUUAUUAUUAUUAUUUUUAAUAUCAUUACAAAUUAAAGUGCAAUGAAUGACAAUUUAAUGUACAAAGCAGCUUUGAGCUAAUUGUCACUGUGGUAACAGAAUCAAAUUAGAAAA